AUGUGGUCAAUCAUGCUAAAGCUCUUGAGAGAGCUCAGAAUGAAAGGUUUGGACAACAAAGAGCUCAAACAUCUAAAAGAACCAGUGCUUCAUCAAUUUCAACACCAUCUAAGAGGUGCUGAGAUUCUGGUUUCCGAUCACAGGCGAGAAAAUGUGGUAGCAGAUGCGUUAAGCUGUAAGAAAUUCGCAGGUUUGAGAGCUUUAGAUGCAAGGUUAUCAUUAGACGUUGAUUGUGUAUUAUGUGUAAAAUUGAUGCUGAGGCCAACGUUGUUGGAUCGAAUCAAAGAAUUACAGGGUAAAGAUGAAAGGUGUUUGAGAAGAAUAUUGCAAGUAAAGAAUGAAGAGAAUAAAGAUUUUGAGAUUAAGUCUGAUAGGAAUCUGUAUUAUCGAAGGAAACUGGUGAUUCCAGAUGAUGAGGAAUUGAAGAAUGAUCUGUUGAUAGAAACUCAAUGUAGUCCAUUGAUGAUACACCCUGGUGGAAAUAAGAUUUAUAUGGAUCUUAAGAGUCGGAUUGCUGCAACCAAUCUCCACUCCUCGGUGGAAGUGGGAGAAUGUGAUGAUGGACUUUGUGACGGGGUUAACACUGACUUAGAAUAA